GGACCACCGUCAUCGAGAGGACCUUCCACGUGGACACGCCGGAGGAGAGGGAGGAGUGGACGGAAGCCAUCCAGACCGUAGCGGACAAACUCCAAAGACAGGAGGAGGAGCGGAUGAGCUGCAGCCCCACCUCCCAGAUCGACAACAUCGGCGAGGAGGAGAUGGACACUUCUACCAGCCACCACAAGCGCAAGACAAUGAAUGACUUUGACUACUUAAAACUACUGGGAAAAGGCACUUUUGGGAAAGUCAUUCUGGUGAGAGAGAAGGCGAGUGGGAAGUAUUAUGCAAUGAAGAUCCUGAAGAAGGAAGUAAUUAUCGCCAAGGACGAAGUGGCUCACACGCUGACGGAAAGCAGAGUGUUAAAAAACACGCGACACCCCUUUUUAACCUCCUUGAAGUACUCCUUCCAGACCAAGGACCGGCUGUGCUUCGUGAUGGAGUACGUGAACGGAGGAGAGCUGUUUUUCCAUUUGUCGAGAGAGAGGGUGUUCUCGGAGGACCGCACACGCUUUUACGGGGCUGAGAUCGUCUCCGCUCUCGACUACCUGCACUCCGCCAAGAUCGUGUACCGGGAUCUCAAGCUAGAAAACCUGAUGCUAGAUAAAGACGGUCACAUCAAAAUCACAGACUUUGGCCUUUGCAAAGAAGGAAUCACUGACGCUGCUACCAUGAAGACGUUCUGCGGUACUCCAGAGUACCUGGCUCCUGAGGUUUUAGAAGACAAUGACUACGGGCGCGCGGUGGACUGGUGGGGGCUAGGCGUCGUCAUGUAUGAAAUGAUGUGUGGCCGACUGCCCUUCUACAACCAGGACCACGAGAAGCUGUUCGAGCUCAUCCUCAUGGAGGACAUCAAGUUCCCCAAGACGCUCUCUGCCGAUGCAAUAUCACUGCUCUCCGGCCUCCUCAUCAAGGAUCCCAACAAAAGACUUGGAGGAGGUCCGGACGAUGCGAAGGAGAUCAUGCGCCACAGUUUUUUCGCAGGAAUAAACUGGCAGGAUGUGUAUGAUAAGAAGCUGAUACCUCCUUUCAAGCCUCAGGUGUCGUCGGAGACAGAUACCAGGUAUUUUGAUGAAGAAUUCACUGCACAGACGAUUACAAUAACUCCCCCUGAGAAAUUUGAUGAGGACGGAAUGGACUGCAUGGAUAACGAGCGAAGGCCCCACUUCCCCCAGUUCUCGUACUCUGCCAGUGGCCGGGAGUAGGAGCAGCAGGCCCCAGUCCUGCCCCCCGCGGUCUCGGCUGCCACCGGAAAUCGAGUCUUCAACGGCGCCGCCCCACGGCCACCACCACUCGAGCUUCUCCUCGUUUGAUCUUUCUCCCGUCUCUUUAUUUUUUUUACAUAGACAGGAGAAACAUUCGGUCUUGUUUUUGAAGGGACUUGGGAUUUUGCGAGAGGAGCCAGAAUCCCUGCUGCCUGACCUUAAAGCCUCUUACAGAUGCAGCAUCGAUGUCAGCUGCAAAGUGCAUUUUUUUGUGUUUGUUUUCGUUUUGUGGGCUCACGUAGUAGUCUUGCGGAAGCCAUACACAUUCCGGAUUGGGAACAAUAACACCAGGACGCUGUCUUUGCUGUGAUGAGAGGCGGAUCGCUUGGCUCCGGGUGCGAGGUGUGUUGUGCUUCACAUCCCACUCCCUCCUUCUGUGGAUAAGUGGAUCCUGCUUCCCAGUAGUCACCUUGGUCAAACCUCAGUGGGCCGGAGUCGCACAGUGUCUAAAUAUACUCCACAACAGUCCGGCACUUAAACCUGAUCUUGUGUUGCCGUGACGUGUUUCCUUGUGUAUCUAGUUCCAUUGGCUGCUGCAGUGACUGAAUCGCUUUGGGGGUUUUGAAUCGCUUUGGGGUUUUGUUAAAGCGUCGUUACUGUUUGACACAAGCUACACCGCACAAAAUUAUUUUUCACAAUUUAAAGGAGAGGGGCAGCUAAAUGUUUCUGAUUUAGAACUGCCGCCUCACUCAAGCUACCUAGGGACAUUGUGCGUUUAGUUUGAUAACAGCACUGAAAUCACUCCUGCUCACAGGUCAGGAAAGCCCCGUUUUUAACACCAGGGGUAUCGGCCAGACCAAACAGCCUCUUCUGCUCUCAAGUCAUUUGAGACUCUGCUGGGUUUUUGCCUUCCUGGGUAAACGAGUGCAAAUGGAGCAGGGUUCAAAAUUCCUAACAACUCCCCUCGCAGCCCUGUGCUUGUGAUGCACAAAGGUACAUGAUAAACGCCCACUCACUGAGUAAAUAAGCAAAGUAUGUAAAAGAAAAGCCUUUCCACACAGUCCCCUCUAUGAAGGUGAACCCAGAGUGCCCAGGACUGCUCCCGGUGUGUAAGGCCUUGUGAGGUGGUACCCCAGCGCACAGAGGCAGGUGAUCAGUUCCGUCUUCGGUCAUUCCCCGAGCCAGGCGAUCCGCGUCCAAGGGGAGCCGGGGGGUUGGGUGCGUUGCGUCGGGCCGGUCGAAGAGUCCAGGUCCGCUGCUGUGUGAAAGGAAACGAAGGUACAUGUCCUUGCGUAGGCUGGGGGACCCCAUUAUUUUUAAAUGGCACUGGCUGCAAGUGGUGUUUGUUUUGAUUUUUUUUGUACCUGUGAUUUUUUUUGGCCUGA